CAUUAAAGGACACAGGGAAAUAAGCCGACUUACCCGGAAAAUUUCGGGAUGAACCGAUGGAUGGUACCUGCUGCGUCAAAAAUUUAAUGGUUUUUCUUCGAUGGAUAUGACAGUUCUCUCGAAAUGAGGCAUGACGUAAAUGUCAUUCAAGAUCGCCGAGUCAACCAUUUAAGUAGCGCGUUUCAGUGAAGUUAAAGACAGUACAUUGGGGCUAGUGCGCCAUGACUGGUAGAUCAUGACUUGGUGAUAAGGAGCGUGAGGACUGUUCGUCUAAUACAAGUGCAUAAAGAAUAUUUUCGUCACAAGCUUUAAUAUUGUGUUGUGAAGUUACUAAAAAAUACUGUUUUAAUCAACUGUGCAGAAAUUGCGACAUCUUGGGAUAUUCACUUUAAACGUUUUUUUAGAAAGUGCAAAUAUUUUCAUCGCAGUUAUCUGAUGGGCCUCAUCAGUUGGUCGCAUUGAUUUGAAACACAAAAGAAUGAAUGACCUCCACCGCGGAAAGUUAUUUUCUGACUAAUUUUUGAUCGGGGAAGAAGACAAAGUAAACACAUUAAUGUUUAAUGGAUACGACACAUUGCUUUGUACUCCUGGCAAUCUGUCUCCUCUUAUUUCCACCUGGAUAUGAUCUUUACCCUGGCCGAAAUUCCUUCACCAAGGACAAGGAGAAGUGCCGAGAACGCUGCGAUCGGAAGCACGGGCUCUGGAAAGCUGGGCCACCGGCAAACUGCUUUCGCUCGGUUGCAUAUGCCUCCAUCAAACUAAGAUACAAGUGCACUUGCUGGAUGGACCCGUUUCUUAAAACCACCCUCAAAGCUAAUGACAAGAAACGCGGCGGGAGCUGGGCAAGACUUCUUGCCUUUUCGAUUGUCAUGGGACGAUCGGGCUGGGUCCGGAAAUGGAUGAAGGAGAAGAUCACUUUCAUAUCAGUCGCUGAAUGGGAGAAAGAGCAGGAGCAGGAACAACAGAGAAACGCACAGACACAAUCGGAAUCGGGCAGAAAGAGAUAGUUAGGAAGAACGUCGUAUGAACAUUCGAGAGUUGCCAAAUUUCCCUUGAUAAAACAUGUAUUUUUGACAACAUUUAUGCAUACUGUUCCUCGAAAUUUUCAGAUACUUUGGAUUAAAUUGCGUACAA